CAGUCUACGUCUUUUCAACUGCCUGUGGUAUCUUCGGUUCGUUUUGGUCCACCGCAACAAGGGGUCUCUGGAUCACAACCAAGCACAACCAAGCAGAACGAAACACUGAGAUCCGAGAACUGUAGGCUUGACCACCCCGCCUGAUGGUCGCAGAGUCCGAAUGUCCCUUUGGGCAGCCUUUACAGCUGCCUUCCAAGGAACCUUUAUGGCCUAUCCGUGAGGACCAGAAGCCCGAGGUGGUCCACUCCGUGAAGGAGUUCUUGGAGGUCUUGCAGAUGCAAACGCAUGUGGAUCGAGUCGUGGUCUUGCCCAAUGGGAUUGAUCUACUACAGCAGCGUGACGCAGCACCCAUACAGCUGUGCGAAGCUGCCCGGGGUUCCUCCUCCAUUCGGCAAGUCCUAGCGCAGCUGGGGAAGAUGGCGCCCGCGCCGCGCUUCCGCGCGCGGCUUUGGCACUACAGUCAGCGUGGCCGCGAGAAAGAGAUUAAGGUGAAAAAGGACUCCAAGGACGACCCCAAGGACCCUCGCCGGUCCGACGGGACGCCGGCGGCCAAAAGAGACACGGACGCCACGGAGAAGAAAAGCCUCGCAGCACUGGCGCGGCAGCUUCAAGAGCUGGAGGGCAAAGCCAAAGUCACAUCGGAUGCUGCGCUGUACAUCUCGGAGCUUCGUUGGCAGAGGAAGGUGAGACAUCCACUGAACAAACAGGAGCGCGUGAAAACUGCCACGAACUGCGACGUCUACGACGUGGCUCCCUUCGCCAGGCAUAUGCCAUUGUGGGAGCGCUCGGAGGGAGGCAUUUUCGUGGGUGAACGAGGAGCUGGAUCAGGGCUCCACGUUGACCAAUGCCUUUGGUCCAAUGUGGGUCGCAAUUGGUGUGGCUUCAAGCUCUUUGCCAUUUGGCCCUGGCAUGAAAGGCAUUCGAUCCUGGAUGAGGCAGGCAAAGGUGCCAUUUUUUGCCCUCCGCUGACGUCAGAAGAGGAAGGCUUCUUGAGUCGAGCCAAGACAGUCGCACUAGUGGGACCCGGAGAUGUCUGGGUGUUCUCAGGUGGUCAGCCUCACACGGCCAUGUGCGUGGGAGAUGGGAUCAACCUGUGCGCCUAUGAGUCCUUUGUUCCAGCAAAUGAAGAGGCAGUGAGCCUGCUGGUGCAGUCGAACACCAAGGAAUCUCACUGGCGGAACUGUUGGAUGGACGAUGAUGACUUAGAUGAACUCUACGAGGAUGUGGUUGAUUCGUUGCAAAAAGCGCUGGCAUGCUCCUCCUUGAACUCUCGACUGCGCGGUCGCUUGGAAGGCUGUCGCCGAGCCAUGCGAGAGAGCAAGGAUAGCUAUUGCAAAGAGCUUUGGGAACAGGAGGAUCGCGGCCAGCGCCGGCGUCGGAGGGAGGAGGAGUACGAGGAGAGUUCCAGUGACCUGGAGAUCCAGCAAGGCUCCAAGAAGCCUCGGGUCGACGGCAAGUCUUCUUCACCGGGAUCCGUCUGACGCGCUUGUGCUUGUGUCCCCGCUUGGGGGAAAUGCGCUGGGACCCAUGUUCCCUGUGCCGGUUUUGCAGCUCCACUGCCCCCAGAAUCGGGCUUUCUGCAGUUUUUGCUGAUCC